AUGAUUCAAAUAGUUGAUCAUGUUCAUUAUGGAUGGUUAGAUACAUUGUUUAUCAAUAUUAGUGUUGCGGAUCAAGACGAACGCAACUUACACGAUGAAUUUGAAAUAUUCUUCCAAACCAAUCUUUGUCAUAAAUCUACUAGCAUUAUAUUGGUGCUCAUGCAACCAGAUUGGAGGAUUUUCAAUUUUGUUCAAUUACAGACUUUAUUGUUGUGUGGUCACAAUCGUGUUGCAAUUACGUACCUCAAAGAUACUGUUGCAUUGCAUAAAUCACGAUUAAACACGAUUGUUACUACAGUGGACAAAAUGCAUGAUAUGAUGCAUUUGGAACGUGAAUACUACUUGUCAAAACAACAAUUGGCCUUUUUAAUGUUAAACUUUCCUGGCCUUCUUGACCAAUUAACACAAGGUUGCAAGGAAGAAAUAGACAUUCAUAAAGUAGAAUUGGCUUUUCUAACUUUAGUGUCAAAAUAUCCUUCAAUCAAAACAAUUAAUCUCAAAAACUUUGGGCUAGAGAACAAUUAG